GGUGCAGGGUAUUUCCGAAAAUAUGCGCUGCCAAUGCAAUCCAGGAUUUUCGUGGAUACCCCUAUUUCUAUGUUGGUCUGAAUGAUUUUAGUCAAACGAAGUUCAUUCAGUUGGCAGCUGUUUUAUCCUUUCAGGAAUUGAAUGGCGAUUCACGGCUCAUACGGUACCAUUAUUUCGAUUAGGGAUUGGACAUGGAAUAGAGACAGGUUGGUGAGAAUAGCUUAAGGUAUGAUCGGAACGUGUUUUGCGAUGGAACGAAAAUGGAAACUCACCAAUACGACCUUCAACGAAAUUAUGGAAACCAAUUCAAUUACACUUGCACCGAACGGCGGGUUUGAAUCAAAGGAAGGCGACAACCAAAUCAACCUCCGAAUUUAGAGUACAGCAGAAAGCCACCAUAAGUCAUUUGCAUUCUGCUCACGGUGAAGGUUGAGAUGCGGGUGCUCAAUUACACGGGAUAUCCUGAUACCCGACGCUAGAAGAACCCACCGAGGGCUCUUCGUUACCCUGGCGUGUUAUGGUGUGGCUUCAAGACGCCCUCAAUCUUCCUUUGAUAAAAGCCAACAACAGUGGGACAGGGCGUCUCAAAUGGGUCGUCGCAGUCGAAGCGUCAACACGAGUUACACUACAAUUACACGGCCAACAAUAGUAGGGAAAAUGGCGAGUGCUCGCAAAGGGUUUACAAAAUUCAUUAUGUUCUUUGCGGUCGUGACUCUGUUGAGUUGCUGGUGCCCGUCCAGUUUCGCCUUCCUUCCACGCGUAUCACGUACAGAUGAUGCCAUCAUCGUUGAUUUUGACGGUGUCGGAUAUGCUCCUGGCUAUCGCAGCCAGAACUUUUACGGGGACAUUAUUAAUCCAGGAAUCAUCCGGGUUCCAUCUUCAUUUUCUCCCUAUCCAAUGGUGCAGCAGCAGCAGCUACCGUUUUACAAUUGGCGAACUUAUUCGUACGGACAUCCUAGUCUAAUUGCUCCUGCAGAUGUUCCGUUUACCAGGCGAAUUGGCAAACCUAGAAAGCAGCUGGCAGUAAAACAAGCGAUUCAGUGCGGCCGUGGACCGGCCACCAUGCCCAAAACACGGCUCGGGAUCACCGACAAGAUUGCAGGCGGAUCCAACACAAAAAAGAACGUCUGGCCUUUUAUAGUAGCUCUGAAAAAAGCUGGUGGCAUAUUUUGUGCCGGAACUUUGAUUAGUGAAACCAAAGUUCUAACGGCGGCCCAGUGCCUGGAAAAAAUGUCUUCGGCUGAUAUGUCGUCUGUGACCGUAUUGAUUGGACUGUAUGCAUCUGACCUGUCAGACAUCCAAAUGACGAGGAGAAUCAGCAAAGUUGUCCUUCACAGCAAAUACAAUGCCAUCACCUAUGCCAAUGACAUCGCUAUGAUAACACUGGACACGCCAGUGGUUUUAUCCAGAUAUGUUGCACCUGUUUGUUUGCCACCGGCCAGUACAGAUCUUAACAACUACGUCGACCAAGAUGCCAUCAUUUUGGGAUGGGGUGGUACGGAUGCUGGCACUGGGGCUGGAACAGAGAUGGCCACUGGAGCUGGGGCUGGAACAGGGGCUGGAACAGCAACAGCAACAGGGGCAGGAACUGGAACAGGGGCUGGAACUGGAACAGGGGCUGGAACAGGGGCUGGAACAGGAGCUGGAACAGAAGCUGGAACAGGAGCUGGAACAGGAGCUGGAACAGGGGUAGCAACAGGGACUGGAACAGGGGUUGAAACAGGAGUAAUUACUGGAACCGGGGCUGGCAGUGGAACAGGAGCAACCACAGGGGGUGGCAGUGGAACAGGUGUCGGCACUGGAAUAGGGGCUGGAAUAGGAACGGCCGUUGAAACAGAAACCGUUAUUGGGGCUGGGACAGGAACAGCCACCGGGGUUGGAACAGGAGUAGUUACUGGAACGGGCGCUGGCAGUGGAACAGGAGCAUCCACAGGAGCUGGCAGUGAAACAGGAGCAACCACAGGGGCUGGGACUGGAACAGGGACUGGCACUAGCUCUGUUCUGGGGACUGAAAGUAUCACUGGAACAAUUAGUAGCAGUGGGACUGUAGGUGGUGUUAGUACUGGAACUGGCACUGCUAGUAAUAGUGUUGCUAUAAAUAUUGGGCUUGGAGGUGUAAUUGUUGUUGGAGGCAAAAGUCUUCCACCAGCUACAUCUAGAGCCUCUCUAGCCACUCUCAACCCCUUCCUGCAACAAGCCAAGGUUUCGAUUUCAGCUAAUGAUGAGUGUAGAAUGGAUCCCAUCAUUGGACAAUACGUCAUAGACACCAAUAUCUGUGUCAGUUCUCCUGAAAAAUUCACCUGUUUAGGCGACGUUGGCGGUCCAGUAGUUGUUCUAUCGUCUUCGGGGACCUGGACUUUGAUUGGAAUCAACAGCUACACCAAAAACUGCGCUUCCAUUGGCCUCAAAACCAGAGUGUCGGCGUACACGCCAUGGAUUAACUUGUACAUGAUUUGAAAGUAAUUCCACACCGAUAUAAUGACGACGACCAACAUGGAAUGACACCUAUAGCUUCGUCGUUUUAUUUAUUCCUCUUAAAUUUCUUACGAUUUCUUAGCAAUCUUUUUUUCUUUUGGCUGGCUUUCAACGGUUAUUUUAUUCAAUGCUUUCCUAUGCAUGGGUGCAUUUAUUUAGUAAUUGGAAUACAGCAUCUGCUGACAUUGUU